CUGCCAGUCGAUCGCGGGACGUCCACGGAGUGGUACGCGUGUCGCCGUCUGUACCACUUGCGACGAUCGUAAUUGAGCGCGCGCCUUCAAACUUACGAACGGUUACCACGCACACCGGCGCCAAUAGGACUUUUGACCAGACUCGCUUAGGACAACAUGUGCUGGAUUAACGUGCCUCUUCCUGUAGUGUUCGAACAGGUGCAGCCCGCAAACGGCAGAUAGUGUUGCGGCUAGACCGCUAGUGAACUCGGUGACUGUGUAAACGUUGUUGCGGUUGAACGCCGGUAGGAUUUGCAAUAAACAGCCGCUACGUGCGGCCGAGUAUGACGAUGGACCAGCAGACAGGCCUCAUGUCCCUCAACAUGUCCCCGUUCGAUCUGAGCCCGGGACCUGAAGGCUCGGGUUCGGGCGGCGGGCCCUCGGGAACUUCCCAACAGUAUGUGCCACAAGGCGCCGCCUACCAGUGCGGGCCGGAGCAGCAGUCUUUCGGCUACGCCAAUUUGGAUCCUUCUUAUCUAUUUCCCACAGGCGCCGGCGGCGAGGCUGGGGCCUACCUCCCGGCGACCGGCGCGGUGUGCGACCAGACCGACACCAAGGAUGUCAUCGAGGAACUGUGUCCCGUGUGUGGAGACAAAGUCAGUGGAUACCACUAUGGCCUGCUCACAUGCGAAUCAUGUAAAGGAUUUUUCAAGCGGACCGUACAAAAUAAGAAGGUGUACACAUGCGUCGCAGAACGAGCAUGUCAUAUAGACAAGACACAGAGGAAACGCUGUCCCUUUUGCCGAUUUCAGAAGUGUCUGGAUGUCGGCAUGAAGCUUGAAGCUGUUCGAGCAGACCGUAUGCGGGGAGGGCGAAACAAAUUUGGCCCUAUGUACAAACGAGACCGCGCUCGCAAGCUUCAAAUGAUGCGGCAGAGGCAGAUAGCAGUGCAAACACUGCGAGGAUCGAUCGGAGACGGUAGCCUCGUUCUAGGCUUCGGCUCUCCGUACGCGUCAGUACCAGUGAAGCAGGAGAUUCAGAUACCGCAGGUGUCAUCGCUGACGUCGUCGCCAGAGUCGUCGCCGGGCCCGGCGUUGUUGGCCGCGCAGCCGCAGCCGCAGCAGCCGCCACCGCCUCCCGCGCACGACAAGUGGGAGGCGCACUCGCCGCACUCGGCGUCGCCCGACGCCUUCGCCUUCGACGCUCCCGCCACCAACGCCGCCACGCCCUCCAGUACAGCCGAGCCCACGAGCACGGAAACCCUGCGAGUCUCGCCCAUGAUCCGCGAAUUCGUCCAGACCAUUGACGACCGCGAGUGGCAGAACUCACUCUUCGGACUCUUGCAGAGCCAAACUUAUAACCAGUGCGAAGUUGAUCUCUUCGAGUUAAUGUGUAAAGUGCUGGACCAAAACUUGUUCUCUCAAGUGGACUGGGCGCGAAACACCGUGUUCUUUAAGUAUUUAAAGGUUGACGAUCAAAUGAAGCUGCUACAGAACUCGUGGUCAGACAUGCUGGUGCUAGACCACCUGCACCAGCGCAUGCACAACGGGCUGCCGGACGAGACGACGCUGCACAACGGCCAGAAAUUCGACCUCAUCUGCCUGGGGCUGCUGGGCGUGCCCGCGCUCGCCGACCACUUCAACGAGCUCCAGAACAAACUGGCCGAACUCAAAUUCGACGUUCCAGACUACAUCUGUGUUAAAUUCCUACUUCUGCUUAAUCCCGACGUGAGGGGCAUCGUGAACGUCAAGUGCGUUCGAGACGGCUACCAGACGGUGCAAGCUGCGCUUCUAGACUACACGCUCACCUGCUAUCCAAAUAUACAGGACAAGUUCGGCAAGCUGGUGACGGUGGUGCCGGAGAUCCACGCGCUGGCGUCGCGCGGCGAGGAGCACCUCUACCAGCGGCACUGCGCGGGUCAGGCGCCCACGCAGACGCUGCUCAUGGAGAUGCUCCAUGCGAAACGCAAGCCGAACGGAGGCGAAAUGGUUAACCGGAGUGCCGAGCACACGUCGACCCUAGACCGAUUGUGCGGUUUCCUGCCAAGCGACGCCAUUGACCCGCAUUCGCCCAUUUAGAAUCUUGAAGUUCCAGUGAAGGGUAAGGUUAAGACCGAAGAAGCGCCAAGCGCCCCGACACAUCAGAUAAAACGUUGUUCGACAAACUUUACUUAUUAACUUAGUUUUAGUUUGUAAUUUGGUGUGUGAUUAUAUAAGUUAUUGCGCUGAGCGCCGGCCGAGCGGUGCGGCGCGUGCCUAGUCCGAAUACAUAAAACAAAUAUUUAUCUACCUAAUAUCUACAUAACAUGAAUACAGAAAUAUUUAUUUAACAGUAUGUCGUCUUAAUUCAAAUGUGAAUCAAAAUUAUAAUCAGCAAAUUGUACGACUCUGACAUACAAUAUUCAGACGAAUUCUUAAGCCAAGUCAAACAAUACAAAUAUUGUUGUUGCUUACGUUUCCUUGGUUGUUUGUUUUCAUUUAAAGUUUUUAACUUGAAAGUAAGGUUUGGCCGGCUGCGGUCAUGAACUAAACUCGCAACCGACCCAAACGAUCAACCGUAAAUGCAAUAGGUACAAGAAAACUCAACGCGUGAGUAGAGUAGGUAACAAUAAUGAAGAGAUUUGUGUAACUUCUGGGUCAAAUACGAAACAAUUAUGGUGUAUCGAUGGCUUGGCUUAUUUAGCAUAUUCACUGAAAAUAAUUAUUUUAUAUUGUAAAUACAUGUCUUAAUUAUAGAUUCUUUGGACUAUGUUGCUUAGUGAAGAGAAAUAUUACAUACAUAUUUUAGGAAAGCGUCUGUGAUUAUAAACGAAGAAAUUUGAUGAAAAACCGUUUUUAAUGUUAGUUGAAAAGUAUGUAUAAUAAUAGUUGUUAGUUUUAUUACGGUAACUAUAGUACGAGUAUGUUUGGUUUUGCGCGCUACUGCUAGCGCCGCCUUUUCUUAUCUAUUGUUCAAAAUUAUAAAUACACAAAUGAUAAUUAUUUUAGUAAUUUUGAGGCACUUAACAAGUAGUAAAGUGUGUGUUCUAUGGUGAUAUAUUGUAUAGGUCACGUGGUCGGCUCGACGCAGCGCAGCACGCCGGCGGACCGCGCAGACAAGCCCGCGCACGCGCGCGCGCGGCGGCUUAUAGGAUUCACUAUUGCAGAUUUUAUUGAGAGUUGGCAUAUAACAUUUUAAAAGUUUUAUUCUAACUAUAAGACCAAUUGUGCAAGGUUAAAUUCGUGUUUAAAAUUAACCCUCAAAUAUUUAUAUUUGUUGUAUUAUAAUGUCAAAUUAUGUUAUCGGCCAUACCAGUACAAAUUAUAAUCCUUGUUAAAACUAACUAGCACAUUUACAGUGAUUAAAUAUACUUAUACUAUUAUAAAUUAUGUAAAUUAACCUUCAUCGUACCUACUGAAAGAAGCCUUAAAAAUCAUAGAUUUUUAAAAGAUAAUAUGGGUACUAGUUUCUACUGGCCAACGGCCAAGGAAAAUGAUGUAUUUUUAUAAAAAAUAUUGUUCUUUAUUAACAUAUAAAAUAUGUUAAAAUGAAAGUACAUUAUUUCGUAUUUUUCUAUCAUAUAGUAGUGUACGUAAAGAAAUGAAAUGAUCAAUCUGUAAGUGAAAGUGGUUAUAUAUAAUAUUGUUAUCACUGUGUAUUAUGUAGGUACCUGCGCUGCAAUUUCUUUUGGGAUCUUUUAUUAUUGUAACAUAAGGUUAGUAGAGCGACAGCCGCCGCGCCCCGCCCGCGCGCACCCGCAGCGGGCGGUGCGCGGCGGCCGCCGCGGCGCGCCCAGUGCGUCGCGUCUCUAGAUGGUUUAAAUUAAUCGAACAUGUGAUUGACGGUUUGUGUAAGUAAAUGUUAAUAUUAUAUACCUAUAUUAUAGUGUCAUUGCACCAAGUGCGACGGUACCGUAAGCCGCAUCAACGAGUAGUAGAUUAGUACAUGUUGGGUAAUGUUAUUUUCAUAUUUGACUUGGCGGCUCUUGUAUAAAAUUAUUGCACCGUGUUUUUAUAUUUAAUACCGUCCAGUGAACACUGUAAAUUUAUUCUCAUGACAUAUUUUAGAGAUUUAUUUGAAUUAAGUAAUAGCGAAAUUUUAAGUAAUGAUCCAGUGGUAAUCAGACCAAAAGGAACAUUUCGAGAAUAUAUUAAUUAAGUACAGUUUUUUCGCACACGUUUUAUUCACAAGCAUGAAUACUAAAAGACGUUCGUUAUCUAAGUCUUUAGUAGCAAUUAUCUGAUACAAAAAUUGUAGCAUAAAUUACUAAACGAUAGCACAUAGAAUGGUUUAACGAACAAUUGGGAUUUUUAUAAUGUUUGUGACACAAUAUGAAAAGUUCCUCUCGAUCUGUCGUCCGACCUGGCCGCCCGAGACACGAGUGCGACACGGCACUAUCUUAUAAUUAGUGAUACUGGUCCGAGUCACCUUCUUAUUAAUAAUUUAGUUUGCAACAGAACAAUAGUUACCACCUAUUGUUGAUAUAUGUUAGACAUAUAUACACAAUACACAUAGCAACCCGACACGUACUGUAUGAAGGGUAGUACCUGCUUUAAAGUAACUGUAAAAAAAAGAGUUCCUUCUAAUGUUGUUGUGGUAAUUUUAUUACAAAAACAUUACCUCCUGUCUGUAUCAUUGAACAACCGAAUAAUAUUUUAUUGUAUAUAGGUAUAGCGCAUAAAAUGUUUGUAAGUUGCGUCGCGCGUUUGUUGAACGUCCAUCCCCACUUUUGUAACCACGUACGAUCAGUUUCAGUUAUCGUGUAGCUCUUCCGUUACUAACACACUGCUAGCGGUUACUCGUGUUUUGUAUACAUGCUUUAUCAUUUUAUAUUGCGUAUUACCUACUCUUUUUAUAUUUCUAAUUAUCAUUUUUAUCAUCAUGUAAUUAGAUUCAGAGAUGUUUUGAUUAUUGAAAAAGAGAUUCUUAUAUCCAGUUUUGGAUCAGCAACAAGCAGGGCCUGAGCGGGUGUAAUGGUUAUAUGUAUUUAUGGCAUUGUGCAAUAGGCGUUGCGACUCUGGCGUAGCCAGAUGAAUGGGGUGCUCCUGGGCUGUGCCGAGCCUGUCCGGGUUGGUUACUCUACUCGGUAAGGACACUCGUCUGGCUCUAUGUUUCACUAUCUCUCCUACCUUCUUGGAUAAAAUAUCAAAAACCAUUUAUACCACAAUUUUUGAUUCCUUUGUUGUUUAUUUAAUUUUACCGAAUAUGUUACCAUUUAUACAGUAUUUAUUUGUACGUGAUUUUGCAGUUUAAUAUUUAACGUAACAGUAUUAAUGUUUUGUACCAGAUAUAUUCCGUAUACCGCGCUAAUACGGGGAAUCAAGUAUUGUUGUAUCGUGAGUGAUGACUGCCAUACCUAUAGUUAGACUACAGUUCAAGAGAAAUGUAAUUACCAGCGCGUACCUAGUUGAUAUUAGCUAUCUUAGAAUGAAUACGACAUGAUUUAAAUAUAUAUAUUAUAUCUAGGUACCUUCUAUUUUGAAAGGAGUGAGACAUCAGUUAGUUUAAUAUAAGUUAUGUUCCGGUGUAAAGUGAUAUGGCACAAGCAGCAGACUGGGUAGCGCGGAGCGACACAUGCUUUUUACGGGGUCUAUACAAGAAGUAUAACUUCUUUUAGAAUUGUAUUGCCUUUUUUACUUAGGUCGAUCGGAAAACCGCGUAAACAAACAUACGGUACGGUAGUCGGGCGUCAAAUCUACGCGAGAACUUUGCGUUGGCUCCGAGACGCACGAGUUUCAGGUACAAACAUGUAUCUUUUUGUGAUAUUAUAAAUCGCGCGUAGGUUGUUACGUACAUUAAACGUGAAAUACAAUCGAUGAAGGUCCAAGGUGAAGUGCAUGGUUACAGAGUGGCGUGCCAUUAGUUAGGUUAUUGUACAGGGUUCGCGACAGUGUUGGUCUGGAGACGCCCAGCCUUCCAUUCUCCACAAGUACAAUAUUUCUGUUUUCUCGAUGGAACUACUAAUUUAGACAAUAAACGGUUCAACAAUAAGGUGCCAGUGUUCAUAAGUUAAUUUUAGCUUCAGUUAGUCAGUUUAAUCGCUAUUUCACUUUUUGUUAUCUGCUUAUUUUUAUCGACAACAAUUUCAUUAUUGAGUAAGAGUUAUUCUAUACAUAUAAACAUUAAACCUACUAUUUACUUUUUAAAGUUAGGUUGUAAUAUAUAGAUUAAAGUUGUAUUUUAAUGUCUGUGUAAGGAAUAUCUAUAUUUAUAAAUUACAAUGUAAGUACAUAUUUGAAAAUAUACACUUGGUGUGUUAUAAAUGUACAUUUGAGUUGAGCUGUAAGCGAUGAGUGGUCAGGCGGAGUCGCUUCGCUCAGAUUCGGCGACGACACGCGCGCGUGCGCGUCGCACACAUUCCAAAAUAACGCUAAUGGUAACGCUACAUGAGGCGAUCCAAUUUGUAAGUUAACCACUUUGUUGUUCAUUAACGAUAAGUUAGAUUUAAUCUCAGUCGAUGUGUUGUUUAACUUUAAUCUGUGUAUAGUAUUCUCUCGGUUAAGUUUUCGUGAGGACGUGAAUUUGAGCGAAUUGACAUGCCGUUGCCUGGAGGGUUCAUAUUAGCUAAUAAGUCUUUUAAGGACCUAAACAUUAAUUUCUGUUGCACCUAACUUUAUUUUGCAAGCCUGUAUUUUCUGAAUCAUGAAUAUUGUAAAUAUAGUUAGGUCAAAGUAAACAGUUUUACUCGAGCUAUUAAAAGGUUAUUUUAUUGUUGAUUCUGAAUAAUGGGCUAAAGGAUACCAAUGCAAUUCGCAUUUGCUGUUAGUAUAUUAAAAAUUGUUCUAUUUGAUGCGAUACAGUAUACGGCUGUUCACGUGUCACUGUGGUCUGAGGGCGAGGAACGCACCUCGCAACUCGGCGGCCCAGCCGCUCGACGUAUCAUAAUAUACAUAAGUACACCUCUAAGUUACGCCAUACGGCUUGUUGUAAGGCUGAAGCAUUCUGACUGAACGUGGGCGAUGUGAUCGCUGUUUUUGUGGCUUCAAAACGGAAGGUAGCAUCACACUUUUGUCUAAGCAUCACGACUUUUUCAUCAAAACAUGAUUUUAUUAAAUUAAUUAGCCACGGGCGCAGUAACACAUUACUCUAUAUAAUUUGUAAAUAUAAAUGAGCGCUAGUAAUGUUUUUACGUCAAUCAUUUAUCAUUAAAGAUGUCAAAUACGAUAUAUUUGUGUUGGGUUUACUGGCAGAAAAUUUAUACUAUUUCCUUGCUAUUCUUUAGGUACAACUUUAAAAUACUGUUAUUUAAAGUUUAUAUUUAUUGUGCCCCUGUAAGCUCUUCUUAACAACGCGAAUUAAUAAAUAUAUAAUAUAGAGACUAAUUUUAACAGUGGCUACUUACCGCCUGCGGUCCUUAAGACGACUUGCCUAGUUGUCAUUUUGAAUUUAUAGUACGUUUUGAUGUCACCGCAAUACAGUUUCAGUUGGAGUGGAUUCGCCGGGAUAAAGUACUAUAGCCACGCUACACUGUGUCAUUACCUCACAUUACGUCUUUUAUACCAUUAUAAGGUAAAAUAGUUAAUGUUGUCACUAAUUCUUUAAACUUAUUUUAAUUGUAAAUUUUGUUUAGAGAUGUCUAAGUUUGUAAGUGUAAACACGACCUAUUUUUAGUCGGCAACAUAGAUACAUGUAUAGCGGCGCGCCGUCGUUUGGGCUGUGUGUCGCUGUGUAUUUAUUUCCAUGGUGAUCAAGAAACAUUGUGAGACGCUCGCGCGCGCCGGCGGCGGGGGCCGCGCUCUCGCCGCCCGCGCCGCCCGUUAUUGUAGAAAUAAAUGAUAUUUUCGUUUACA